AUGGGCCGGCCGAAAAAAUCUCGACGAAUGAAUAACUCGACUACGAAUUUCAGCAGACCUCCAUUGCCUUCCCCAUCGCCGUCUCAGCCCCCUGGAGAUCAUGAGCAACCGUCCUCGACAGACCAGGUUGGGCCUGAUCCCGCAAGUACCUGGGUCCAAGACGACUAUGGACCUUCAUUAGCUGCUCCGAAUGAUAACUUCGGCUCCUGGGGGCUGUCAGAGAAUCACGGAAAUUCGACAAUGGGUCCCGAGCUCACGCCCUGGUCUAUAGGUCAAAUGGAUCAAGACGGCAUUACAGACUACUUCAUGAACAGCGAUUUGACUGUAUCUUCCUUGUCCAUAGCGAACGAGAUUGGGCUUAAUGAUCCCCUCCAUUCCAACCCCUCAAAGGAUCUCCAACUGAAUAAUAAUGGAAAAUCCACAACGACUUUAAAUCCUGGAUUGACUGAGAAAUCUUGCGACGAAAUAUCCGACGACAAAACACAUUCCUUGGGUGGAAAAUUCACAGUACAAGCCUCGCAGCGAUUAACAGCAAUUUUGUUCGAACUUCAAAGCGAGCUUAUCUCCUCUAUCGCAGUAAGAACAUCCACAAUUUCCGAUGGCAAGAGAUUGGUAUCAUUUGUGAAUACACUGUGCGAUGUUUUGUUUUCCGAGAUAUCUCGACCAGAGCCGAAGCUUGAUCCCGUCGCCGAUAUCAAGCUGUGGAGCCUAAUGACAACAGCCGUGGCAAUUACUCUAUGUCUUUUCCGAUCAUUUUGCAACUCUCCUAACGAAGAAGCUACGCCUUUAAAAAGGAAAAACUCACACGAUGGUGCAAGUCGUUUACAUGAAGAUAGAGAUAAUCGAGAGGGUGUACUCUCAAUGACGGAUAAAACUGAUCGGCUCGCCCUACUAGCAUGCAUGGAAUACCAAUUGACUGUUUUCGAGAAGUACUUCCACCUUCCAUCAUGCCAGAGUAUGCCAAAGACGACGAACAUGCUGCAAGGAACGAGAGAUACAAAGGAUCACGUUCGGCGUGAGAUCCAACAUAUAACCAUGAGUUAA